AUGAAUAACUCAGGGGAAGACAAGAACGCUGAGGACAAGAACUCUAAGAUGAUGCAACUGCAGAGACUUGAAAAGCAAUCUGAAAAAGGUGAUGAAUAUAAUGGUGCAUCAUAUUACUGUAGCCAUAAUGAUGAUAACAAAGAUGAACACAGUGGUGGCAGAUUUGCUUGUUCUUCUGUCAUUACAAAAAGCAAUGAUGAUGAUGGACGGGACAACCCCAGUGGGGACGAAUUUCUUCCGGCUUUAACUUAUGAUGUUCUGCAUGAUGGUAAGAACAAAGAUAUCGAUUCCAAACAAAUGCUUGAGGUGAAUUCUAUGGAGACUGAGAAUAAUUCUGUGAUUGAAGAUGAGGAAUAUCACAGUAAUGAAGAUUGUAUGGAUGAUAAAGAAAAUUGCAGUGAAACCAGUGAGGAAUAUGAUGAACAUCUAGAAAAGCUAUACAGUCACCCAUCUUACACAAAAGACUUUUUCCAGGCUUUAGAAGGAAUGAAGCAAUCUGCUUUCCUUACUGACCUGACCCUGAUUACUAAAAGUGGCAGUACGUUCCAUGUGCAUUCUCUUGUCUUGGCGGCAGUAAGCUCCCUCAUUGUGCAGUUACUCAACGAGAGGGAUGAGAAGAAACAGAAAGAGAUUAUUUUACACUUGGAUCUUGGAGGAUCUGAUUUGGGGAUAUCUGCAGUGCUAGAAUUUGCCUACACAGGGACCAUCACUGGUCUGAAUACAGAAUCUUUGGGUCAGAUUCAGACUGCCGCUCUUCUUUUAAGAGUUCCUCGAGUUCUGGAACUCUGCAAAGAAAAGGAGAGGCAGAAAGAGAACGGUGAAGAGAAAAUGAAAGAGGGUGGUGAUAGAACCUUUGAUGAAAAGCAGUUGAAUGUCAGCUUGAAGUCCAUCAGGCAACUGUGGGAGGAUCGUGUGGGUUGUGAUGUGGAGGUGGAGGCGGAGGGAAGAAUUUUUCGAGCACAUAAGAUCAUCCUGAGUGCCAGUAGUGACUACUUCCAUGCCAUGUUCCUUAGUGGUAUGCGGGAGAGCCAGCAGUCUGCAGUGUCCUUGUUAAUGAUGGGGGCACAUGAACUGGAGGCCAUCCUUCACUGCUGCUACAGUGGAGAAAUAGUUCUUGACUGGGGCUGCGUCUUUCAACUCACCUCCACCACCCUUCAGUUCCAAUUCCAGCCCACCCUGUCGCUCUGCCUCGGGUUUUUAAAGGAGGAAAUGGAUGCUUACAGGUGCCUGGAUGUUGCUUCAUUUGCUGAAGCUUAUGCAAUGUGUGACUUGCAAGAAAUAGCGGACGACUUUGUCCUUAGGCAUUUUGAGGAUGUAGCAUCCACACUGAAGUUUCAAGACCUGUCAGUGGAAAAGCUGAAGAAAUAUCUUCAUAGUGACUGCCUCUGUGUUGCCUCAGAGCUACCUGUGUUCAAGGCGGUCAUAUCUUGGAUUGAGGCCAAUCCCAGUGAAAGGGUUAAAGAAGCCAGGGAGCUAAUGGGGACUAUCCUGUUUUCUCUCAUGACCUUUACAGAAUUCAAAGAAGUGAAGGUCAUAACCUCAUGGCCACAAGUCAGUGCCAGGGGCCUUUAUGAGUCCCUGUUGGAGGAAUUCUGCUCCAGCACCUGUAAUGCUCAGGCAAAAUUUAGGACCUACUGUCCUAAGGAAGCCUUGGUCCUCGUUGGUGGAGAAAGAAUUACAGAAAACCUUGAUAAGCGCUCACCCUGUAGGGAAAUAUGGUUCAGCAACUCUUUCCGCAACCAUGUGGGGAUAAUGAAAAGAAUUGAAUGGAGGAUGCUGGCAGACUUGCCUGAGAAACCCAGAUUCAGUCAUAAAGUUGGAGCGAUAAAGGGAAAGCUUUACGUAGUUGGUGGGCGUCAUUAUUAUGGAAAGAAUGACACAAUGAAAUGCACCUAUAGGUAUGAUCCAAUACAAAAUACCUGGAAAAGGUUGGCUAAUAUGUGUGAAACAAGGGCUAGCUUUGCCCUUGUGGUUUUGGAUAAAAAAAUUUAUGCCAUUGGUGGAGAAAGAGAUUCUGAAGUCAUUAUAGAGAGUGUAGAGAUGUAUUGCCCCAUCAAAGACUCCUGGAGCUUGGUUCAUCCUUUGGAUCAACCCGUAAGUGACCAUGCUGCCAGCGUAUGGAAUGGAGAGAUUUUCAUCUCAGGUGGCUUUGACCGCAGAUACCAGUGCCUUGCAACCAUGCUACUCUACCACCCAAAUAAAGGGACCACUUACCUUGUGGAUAUGUCCCAGAGGCGGGCCCAGCACUGCAUGGAAGCCUUGCAUGACUACCUGUAUAUAGCCGGAGGAAUCUCAGAUGCUGAUGGACAAUUUUUUGAUCAACUAGCUUGUGAAAUUUAUGAUCCAAGCAAUGGAUUUUGUUGUGCUAUAAUGUCGUUGCCUGUUCCCCAUGUCAGUGCAGCAUCUGCAGUGCUGGAAGGAAAGAUCUAUAUCCUUGGGGGGUAUUGGCAUGAAGACUUUAGUGACACAAAACUGGUGCAUAGGUAUGAUUCCAAAAUACAACGCUGGGAGAGCUUGUGUGGAACACCUGGUCCCAAUACAUAUAUAGCAGCCUGUGUGCUGCCUAUACCUCCUUACCUUAGACAGUGAAAGAAAGUGAAUAGCUGACUGUUGUGAGGUUGUUUUUUCUCUUAGUACAAGCAUGUGCAAGCAUUUACAGUGCCUUUAGC